AUGAACCAUGCGCCGCGCGCCAGCCAGCUGUCGGGCUCGACAGCCUAUGCUGGAUCAACAGCUUCCUUGAGCUCUCUAGCUACCGCCACUACCGCCACACCAGUAAACGGCGGUCCUGUUCAGGCCACGACCAACAUUAUCAACCAAAAGGCCGAUGCUUCGCGAUCACUGUACCAGAUUUGUAUCUCGCUCAAGCAGCGCCUAGCUCAGGUCCCCGGCUUCGGCCCUUAUCUCGACGAGCUCGACCCCAAUGAUCCCGUCGAUCCACUAUGGAACCUCUUCCGCUCCGGAUACCCUCUGCUUCUCAUUUACAAUGCCCUGCGACCCAACGAGGAGCUCAAGGUCGAUGUCUCUGGCGCUAACGAAGCCAAGAAGUCCAAGAUCGCCAUCUUUAAAUUUGUCCAGGCCUGCAUGAAGGAUCUGGAGAUUCCCUCCUCUCAUAGCUUUGUGAUAGCUGACUUGAUGGGUAACGACACAAGUGGCUUUGUCAAGGUAACUCAGGUUGUUAACUACGUCUUGGACCGAGCAGAGGAACGCGGCUAUCUCCUUCAGGCUCUACCUUCUUUCGACGACGGAAACAGCGAGCCCACCGGUGGGCAAAUGACAUACCGAGACCAUAUUAUUAGGGAACUUGUCGACACCGAGCGAAAAUACGUCCAAGAUUUGGAGAACCUGCACGACUUGAAAAAGACGCUCGACCAGCAAGGCGCAAUUCCUGGCGAUACUCUCCAUCAGAUCUUCCUCAACAUCAAUGCUAUUCUCGAUUUCCAACGCCGAUUCCUGAUUCGAGUCGAGACAACGAACUCCAUGCCCGCUGCGAACCAACGAUGGGGAGCUCCAUUUGUUAUGUACGAGGAUGCAUUCGAGAUCUACCAUGCCUUUAUCGCAAACCAGCGCAAGGCCGCGCAGGUGGCCAACCAGGUUUUCGACAAGAUUCAACGUUCCUCGCAUCCCGUGGCAGCCGAUUUCAACACCCUCGAUGGUUUCCUGCUUAAGCCUAUGCAAAGACUGGUGAAAUAUCCUCUAUUGCUCAAGGAUCUUAACAAGAAGAGCGAGGAUGACGAAGUCAAGGCAGACUUGACCAGCGGUUGCGAAGCUGCUGAGCGAGUUUUGUCCAAGGCUAACGAGGCAGUGAACCGUGAUCUUUUAGAUGAAGCUGUUGAGGAACUCACAGGCCGUGUGGAGGAUUGGAAGAGCCACAAGGUGGAGCAAUUUGGCAAGCUUCUCUUGCAUGGUGUCUAUGGAGUCAUCACUGGAAAGACAGACCAGGAGAAGGAUUACGAAAUCUACCUGUUCGAGUCUAUCCUUUUGUGCUGCAAGGAAAUCUCAUCAAGCAAGAGCAAGGAUAAGAAGGACAAGUUACGUUCAGCAGGCCCCAAGGUUCGAAACAAGAACGCCAAGCUUCAAUUGAAGGGUCGAAUUUUCAUGACCAACGUGACCGAUAUCGUGUCCUUCACCAAGCCAGAAGGCAACCACAGCGUGCAGAUCUGGUGGAAGGGAGAUCCAGGUGUUGAGAACUUCGUCAUCAAGUUCUUGAACGAGGAGACUUUGAAGAAAUGGGUAGCGACUCUGGAAACCCAGAGGAAGCAUAACGCGCCGCGCCAAUCAUCGAACUCGGAUACCCUCUCAACUGACUUUGCCUGGACACGAGACCAAGUAGCUGGCCUGGAGAACCCUUACUUACAAGAAAACGACGAAGACGAUGAUGACAUCGGUCCUGCAACAGCACCUGCUGGCUUCACUGGUGUUACUCAUCCCAUGGGUCUGGGCCCUCGAACAGCUUCCAGCAGCAACCUUCGUGCUCGAGCAGGAACUGGUGAAAGUUCAGCAUCGCUUGCCGGUAUGGUGAGAGCUCCUCCACCAAGGUUCCCUCUACCUGCACCACCCGGAUCACUCAGCCUCCAGACACAACCAAACGGUGCUCACUCACCUGGCGCUUGGGCGGGCGACAGUUACUUCUCCCCUGUUACCGAGUCACCAGCUUCCACAAGGACGAGCACUACCAGCGGAAUGUUCUCGACACCUCAAUAUGGGUUCCCUAAGACUUCUACUCCCAACCCACAGCAAUGGGAAGAUGCCCACGGCAACCGAUACACUGCUCCUGCGAUGCCCCGCGCUCCAUCUCGUGAUGGUCCUUCACCGAAUCCUCAACGUAAUCCUCGAGGACCUUCUCUGCCAGCGAUGGCCUCUAACAGUCAGGCGGCUUUGGCAGCACAGCACAGGAACCGUUCAUACAGCACUCCCGAUAUUAACGUACCCGGAAUGCCACGCACUCGUCAACCUAGCCACGGAAACAUCCCUGCAGUGCCUGGAAUCCCCUCGCACUUGCACCCUGGUCACGCUAACAACAUUUCUCGAGAUCAAACAGGCUCACCCAGGAAUGAUCAGCCAACUCGAGCUCAGACAAACAGCCCAGGAGCUCAGCGAGAACGUAUGCAUAAGCCUACAGGAAGUGUGGGUGGUAGCAUGAACCAUUUCCCUGCUCAACCAGUUCACCCACGAUCCAUCACACCAGGCGGUGGAAACCAGCAACUCCGUGUCGAUGCCGCCGCUGCAAACUCACGAACGGUGUCUCCAGCUCAGGGCACAGCAACAAUGCCACCACCAUCAGCAUCAUUGAGUCCCGACAUGCCUCUACCAACACAACUCAAGGUCCGAGUGAACUGCGAGUCAGGCAACUAUGUCACUCUAGUCGUGGCUUUCAACAUCACGUACCAGUCUUUGGUCGACCGUAUCGAUGCCAAGCUCGCCCGCUUCACAGCUAGCAGCAUCAGCAAGGGCAUGCUCAAGCUUCGAUACCGUGACGAGGACGGCGAUUAUGUCGCUAUUGAGGGUGAUGACGAUAUCCAGAUCGCCUUUACGGAGUGGCGCGAGAAUGUGUACUCUGGAGGCGUGGGAGAGAUAGAGCUCUUCUGCGUCGGCGACACCGCCUAG